GCCGACCUGACGCGUUCUUGGCCGCAAACUCCACGAUUUAGUCAACGGUUGGACAGUCGCGACCAUGACCAGGCCCAGCGGGAGAUGCACCUUGCCAACUCCCACAAUCCUCUCAUCGUGCACUGCGUGAGAUACGGUACGGUACCUUGACCGCAGCGAAAAAUCUCUCCAUGUCGCAGAACGCCUGUGAUGACCCGACAAUCUCGACUUUUCCCAUAAACAGGCUUCCCAACGAGCUCCUCGACUGCGUCCUCCUCGAAGUGUGCCAGGACAGCCACGACUACGUUGACGUGCCCCCACUGUCACAUGUGGACAGUGCACACCAGCACCCCAGGUACUCCGCUCUUGCCAUCAGCUGGGUAUGCGCUCGAUGGAGAGCCAUCGCCCUCGCGAAUCCCGCCUGCUGGACACACGCAGCGAUCGACAUCCGCCUCCCGGCGAUCGAGGAGGUGGCCGACGAACCGACCGAGCAUAGCCGCAUUGUUGCGCAAAGCAUCGCCUUGCUCAGGUGCUACUUCGAGCGCUCGAAGGAUGCGCCGCUCGAGGUUCACUUCUCCGAAUACCUGAAUGAUGAAGAGCGUUGGGAGGCGACCGUUGGGGAGGUCGUGCGCUUCGCGUGCACGACCAUGCCGCGCUGGAAGACCUGCUGGCUUCCGUCAUAUCUCGUCGACUGGCUUUCCACGGACCCUGCUCAGCUUGGGUCGCCCCUCCAGCUCCGAUCAGCAAUCGUCUACUUCCAGCCGGUGUACGAUGACUUUGCGGUGGACCUCUUUGCCAGAGCGCCUCGCCUGCAUCGCUUGGCGGGAUCUUUUUCCGACAGGACUGCUGGUGUGCUGCCAUGGGCGCAGCUCACGCACCUGGGCGUGAGCCGCUUCGUUUCCAUCCAGUUCUUCAUGAGCAUAGUGUCGCAAAGUCAGCGUCUGGUGAAGAUGAAGGUUCAAAUCUGGAGCAACUCGAACGAACCCUUCCCUUCCCACGGAUCUGAUACCGCGCCAGUGGUUCUCCCGAACCUCGAGAGCGCAGACUUCAUCGUGGACACCGGCGCCGUCCUUCAGCACCUCCUCGCCUCGCUGACCACCCCGAAGCUGUCGUCCUUGCGACUCCGGGGGUCCGCCCAACGCGGAGAUGACGACGAGCAAUUCUCAGGAUACAUCCGCCUGUGGCGCUGGCCGAUGGUCCACUUCGAAGGCUGGCUGCAGCGUUCCCGAUGCGAUCGGCUCACUAGCCUGAUCCUCGCGGACAUCCUCAUGCCGCGGGGCGACCUCAUUGGAAUCCUGGAGCGCCUGCCUCGCCUCACAGAAUUCGGCUUGAAGGAGCAUAUGGCGCUACAGCCGCCCGAGCGGCAGCACGACUUGCCGGUCGAUAACUGCCUUCUCCGUCGCUUGACUGCGGUGGAUGGCGCGAAAGCAGAACUCUUCCCUGAGCUCAGGAGCUUCAUACUCAAGGGGAUACUGAGGUUCGACUGGCCGUUGCUGCUUGACAUGGUGCGCUCGCGGGUUGUUCCGCGUAUAGAGAACCUGGACAUAUACAUCGACGACCAGUCGACGUCGGAUAUUGAUCGGGACACGGAGGCGGAAUUGAACCAAAGUCUCGGUCCACGAGGUUUCACGAACAGGUGCGGGUCGAAGUGGGACUUGGAAAAGCCGUGGAUGCAGGAGCUUCUUGCGAACUUGGAGAUAGCGGAACAAAGGGCUCAGGAGAUGGAGGCGCAGGAGGCAGGCGCGUCAGGUUCGGUCAUGUAGAUUACUUGGCUUGCAAAGUUGAAAACAUGUAUUUUUGAAUCCAGCUUUGUAAGUACAGACAGGCCGUAUUUAGCUAGGAAAAGGCGUCAAGACACUGGAAGCCGCCGCAUGCGCGUCAAUAGGCGUGUAUUUGUUGAUAUUUGCGUCAAUUU